GUGCCCGCAGCUCUCUAGGGGGGCAAAGGAGGGAGGAUGUGUGGAGUGGGAGGCUGGCUGCCGUCAGAUGCAGUCAGACGGUCUGCUCAUGGUAAUGACGAGGGAGCAGGGGGGUCUGUACCCUUAGCCGGGCUCUGAUCUCGCCUGUUGGGGCCCCGUCCCUCCACAGGCCACCCUCUGGACCAUGACCCUGGACCCCAGACCCAUGGAUGAGACGGACAUUGACGUGGAUGUCCGGACCGACCGCGGGGACGCGCAGUGCUCUGUGCUCAGGGGCCAAGCCGCGUCCUCCUGCGCUCCUGUCGCUCCCCAGGGCGCAGUCCCCGCGCAGGACGCUCCCAGCAGCAGACCCGCCUCCAAGCCCCCGUUCUCCUACAUCGCUCUCAUCACCAUGGCCAUCCUCCAGAGCCCGAAGAAGCGGCUGACGCUCAGCGAGAUCUGCCACUUCAUCAUCCAGCGCUUCGCCUACUACCGGGAGAGGUUCCCCGCGUGGCAGAACUCCAUCCGCCACAACCUGUCCCUCAACGACUGCUUCGUGAAGAUGCCACGGGAGCCCGGGAAUCCGGGGAAGGGGAACUACUGGACGCUGGAUCCCCUGUCGGCCGACAUGUUCGCCAACGGGAGCUUUCUCCGCCGAAGGAAACGCUUCAAGCGGCAGCGCUGUCUGGGCGCGCUGAAGGAGCGCCGCGGCCCGGCCCCGUUCGGCCCCGGACUCCACUGUCUCGAUCCAAGCCCCCCAGCGAGCUCAGGAGGUCGGCUACGACUCCAGGUUUGUCCCGGGAUCCCACCUGCGGGCCGCAUGGUGCCAGCGCUCUCCUCGCUCCUCUCCAGGAGCUCAAUGCUCAUGUUUGAACACUGGAACUUAGGAUCCCCGUCGAUAGCGCCAAACCUCCUCCUUCCUUCCGCCUCGGCGCACGGAUUACCUUCCUACCCGACCCCCCAGAUGCCAUUUCUCCCCUUAAAACUUCCCCCCAGUUUGUUGUAAGAUCAGGAUUUUUACUUGCAUUGAUUUGACUAGAGCCUCCUCUACACCAGCCAGUCCGCUUUAGGAGCUGCAGGGUGCGCCAUCACCUGACUGAUGUCUCACACUAGUGUCGGUUUAAAUAAAUCUGGUGCAUUAUAAA